CUUGAUUCCGACCAGCCGAAAUGAACCGCUUUUUGCUAAAACUCGGCCAUUCAUCGAAACCGGAUGAGCGCUAGGACGCUUUUUGUUCGUCAAGGUACAGUACUGCGUUUUGGAAGUAUUGAACUGUACCAGAUUGUGGAGUCUCCAAGAAGUGAUAACCAAUGAUACUUUUAUUUAAACCAAGAUUACGGCAUCCAAAUGCCAAAACUAAUCAUUAUGUGGAAAAUGUAAAUUAAUAAGCCUUUUCUCUAAUUUACCUAUGUUAAAACAAAAUCAAAACACUUUUUGGAAGCCAGUUCUACUCUACAGUAUCGCCGGGAAAACCACCUCAACAUCUUAUCUGCCGGGAGCCUAUUUUGUCGACCCGGUAUAUGGUCUAUUUUUGCCGGAUCGUCAGAAGCAUCCAAAAAUACCAGGGAACCAAACUUAUUUAAGAGGCACUAGUUUAAAACUUCUCCCAGUCGCGGGUGUUACUUGGAGAAUCUAACAACACACAAGAUGGCGGACAAAGAAAAGAAGCCAAAGAAGAAGAAGGAAAAGGAAGAAGGUGCUCCAGCAGAAACUAGAACUUCAUCAAAGAGCUCGUCAAAGAAAGCAAAACGUUCCGGCUCCAAUGUAUUCUCCAUGUUCUCCCAGGCUCAGGUGGCCGAGUUCAAAGAAGGCUUCGCGCUGAUGGACCACGACAAGGACGGCAUCAUCUCGAAGGCCGACCUGCGCGCCACCUUUGACGCCGUCGGCAAACUCUCCAACGAAAAGGAGUUGGACGAGAUGCUGAACGAGGCGUCUGGACCCAUCAACUUCACCCAGCUGCUGAGCUUGUUCGGAAACAGGAUGGCCGAUUCCGGUGGUUCCGAUGAGGACACCGUCGUGCUUGCCGCCUUCAAGUCUUUCGAUGAGAGCGGUACUAUCGACAGUGAAAGAUUCCGUCACGCUUUGAUGACCUGGGGCGACAAGUUCUCCGCCAAAGAAGUCGAUGAUGCCUUCGACUGCAUGGAAAUCGACGACAAAGGCAGGAUCGACACCGAGCACCUGAUCAAACUCCUGACUGCUGCUCCUGAAGAUGAGGGAGAGGGCGAAGCAGCCUAAAUUCGUACAAUGCCUGUCACUCGCACUGGUUAAGACCACAGUAUCAAAAGUUGACCAUGACCAGCUGAAAAAAACAUCCUAUGUCACUUUUGGUUCUGUUUUCCAUCAACUUUUUGUUGUACAUGAACAUCAUUCUGCAAACCAUGUAUCGUAACAAUAAGUAAUAAUUGUAUAAAAGCGUCAAUAUAUUUUUAUGUUGUACAUGGCUAGAUAUUUUGUGAUCAUACAACACCUAUGACACCAACGAUGUUUUGCAGUUUAUUUGUGGCCGAAUUCAAAGAUGCCUUCAAUCUGAUGGACCACGACAAAGAUGGCAUCCUAACAAAAGACGAUCUGCGCCGUACCUUUGACGACGUCGGCAAAUUGGGCUCCGAGAAAGAGCUUGACGAUAUGGUUAGAGAAUGCUCACAACCGAUCAGCUUUACGCAGUUCUUAGGCAUGUUUGGUACCAGGAUGGCUGAUACCGGUGGACAGGACGAGGAUGACGUCAUCAUAGCAGCCUUCAAGGCAUUCGAUGAUGAGGGAUACAUCGACGCAGAAACUUUUCGCCAUGCUCUUAUGACCUGGGGCGAAAGGCUAACAGAGAAAGAGGUGAAUGAUGCCUUCGAUGCAGUGGAUAUCGAUGACGAUGGAAAAAUUGAGACUCAAGAUUUUAUAGCGCUUCUGACAGCAAAGCAAGAAGAAGAAGAAUCGUAAAGAGUAUAAUUUCUGUCUUCGUUAUUAUCGAGUACAAUAAAUAAAUAUCUGAUAAAUUGCGUUUCAUAUCGGAAAUACGAAGCAUAUAAAGACAAAAUGUGCUCGGCAAAGCUUUCAAGCUUUCAAAAAGUGUUUUGAUACUUAUUAAAUACUCAGGUUUUCAUUUAAUCACUCAUAUUUUUUGUUCUAAACAUGUCCAAAUAUUUGAUGUGAAGUUCUAUUUGAUGUGGAGGUUAUAAAAAUAUGUUCACCAUUUAUAAAUUGCAUAUGGUCAAAGCACCUUUUUCACAAUUUACUUAUUAUAUUUGAUGCUAUUUGUAUAUUAAAAAUGAAAUCCUGAAAUAACUUUCAACUGAUCCAAUUGUGUUACGAGUUUUUCGUUUAAGAAUAACAUUCGCCACUAGAUGAGCAUUGGACUGUAAUUAUUUUGUAUAAUUGUUGUUACUUGUUAUAUUGUGCUAUAAAUAGGUAUUGUCAUCAUCUACACGUAUAUACAUAGAUAUUCCUGAAAACCUUUAUGUAUACCCGAUGUUAUCAAGUUAUUAAUAAAAUACGUAAGAAACA